UCAGAGAAACAGUUUGAUGUCACAUCACAAAGAGGUACAAUGGAUCCAACAAGUCUUCAACGCCUCGUCUUCCUCACCUCCCUGCUGAGCUGCUCCACUAACCAGGCUCGUCUGACGGUGACUCCCAGCAGCUCUCAGGUAUUUGAAGAUGAACGUGUCUCUCUGAGAUGUGAGGACGCCUCUGAUGGAUGGACUGUGAGGAGAAACAGGAGCUAUGAGAACAGAGCUGAGUGUGGAGUCGACAAGUGGGGAAGAUCUGCUGGUUCCUCCUGUACCAUCAGCUCCUCUGACCCUUUGGACAGUGGAGUGUACUGGUGUGAGUCCCCAGAGGGAUCCACCAGUAACACCAUCACCAUCACCGUCUCUGGUGGAUCAGUGAUCCUGCAGAGUCCUGUCCUCCCUGUGAUCGAGGGAGAUGACGUCACUCUGACCUGUAGAACAAAGAUGGCCGACCCCCCCUCUGCUGAUUUCUACAAAGAUGGCGUCUCCAUCAGGAAUGAGUCUGAUGGUCACAUGACCCUCCACCAUGUUGCCAGGUCUGAUGAAGGCCUCUACAAGUGUAGAGUCCAGAGUAAAGGAGAGUCUCCAGAGAGCCGGCUGUCUGUCUCAGAAAAACCUACAACCACCUCUCCACCUCCUGCCUCCUCCCUCCACCUUGUGUUCAGGGUGAUCUGCCACCUGGUGGUUUUCUGCCCGUACUGCUUCUCCACUUUCCUCAUGGUGUCUAUAUAUCGAGAGAGGGCCACAGGAAGUGACCCGUCCGUCUCCGUUGUGAUGACUCCACUCACCCACGCUGAGCAGGGAUUGGACGAUGACUACGAUGAUGUCAUGUCUGCUGUCACCACGGAGCAUCAGUUCUGAAACAGUGGAGGACCCAGAACGCUUCCCUGAGGAACGCCAUGUUUUGAACUCAGUGUAAUUACAUUCAAUCAUGUAUUGACUGAUAUCGUGCACAUGCAAUAUUAUUCCCUUUAUUUCUGAAGCAGUGGUCUAUUAGCAUUAGCAGCUAAUGCUCAGUACAAAGAAGAUAUGCAGAUACAAAGAAAACAUAUACUAAAGUUAAACAAUUAGAAAGUUGUAAUUUUGGCCAUUUUCUUUCACAUUUCAGGAAAAUCUACUAAACUUUUAAAAUCAUUGAAUUCAUUCAGGAUUUAUCCCAAAAAUCUCCUAAAGCUUUUCACAAACAUUACAACAGUGAUGUAUGUAUUAAAUGUACAUCACCAUAUGUAGAAGUUGUAACAUUGUUUAUUUUGAUAGAAAUCUUGGAGAAAAUCAGCUCCAGGAUCUUUAUUGACUUAUUGACGAGUGUCUGCUUUCUGUCCCAGAACUAAACCUGGAGAAGUUCAGUUAUUCAUCUCCAAAUAUCUGGAUCAAACCCCCAGAAACCUGCAGGUCCUUUUAAAUCCAGACUGAAGACUUCCCUGUUUGCUUUGAACUGAACUAUUCUUAUCUCACGAUGCACAGUAACUGUUAUUCAUGUGUUGUAUACCUGAGUUAUUCUAUAUCAGCUAGUUUCAUGUUUAUUUUAGUCCCUCUGCUUUUGAAUGAUCUGCUGCAUUAUUUCUUAAUGUCUUUCAGUUGUGUAACGCACUUUGAAUCGCCUCGUGUUGAAGAAGCUUUAAAUAAACCUGCCUUACAGGAACACUUGUAUUUCAUCAUUA